AUGUCUGAUGCUCCCGAGACCAUGGUCGAGAGCGUUCUUCCAACCAAAUGGAACAGGAAUUUCGAAAAGGUAGCCAACGACCUAUGCCCAAAGCUGCAUAAAUGGGUACGAACACCGCAGAGGGUCAUCAACUUCGCCAAAGAUGAAAACGAAUACUUCGGCCUUCGCGCAGAGCUGGCGGAUCCGCCAAUCGAUCAACUACCCUCAAAGGCCUGGGGUAAAGGCGAUGAUUUCAUAUUGGAUUUUGGCAUACACAUGGUUGGAUAUGUGUCAAUGCGCCUUGAGUCACGGGGAUCUCACAUGGACGCCCCUUGCAGGCUACGCCUAACUUUCGGCGAGUCUCCUUUGGACGUGACGCUAGGCAUGGACAACGUCAAAACAUGGAUCAGUACCAGUUGGUUGCCAGAUGAGGUUAUCAAUAUUGAUAUGUGCCCUGAACUCGUCACCCUGAGGCGCCGUUACUCUUUCCGCUUUCUGCGCGUUGAAGUCAUAGAUACGUCGCCCAAGUACAAAGUUGUUUUCACAGACAUCAAGUGCGAGUGCGUCAGCGCAAUUGGUCAGGAUCAUCCUCUGGAGGCGUUGCAUUUCAACGACAACCUCCUUCAGAAGAUUGACCACGUCAGUAUCUCAACACUGAGAGAUUGCAUGCAAACAGUUUUUGAAGACGGUCCUCGUCGCGACCGCCGACUGUGGAGCGGUGAUCUUCGUCUGCAGGCUCUUGCGAAUUACGCCACGUUCAAGGACUUCAACCUUGUCAAGCGCUGUAUCUUCCAGUUUGCCGCGGUGGCACGCGAGGACGACUCGGUUCCUGCGUGCAUCUUUGAGCAGCCCCAGCUUACUCCGUCAACUGACUAUAUCGUUGACUACGAUGCUUUAUUCGCUGCCAUUGUCAAUGACUAUGUGACAGCGUCGGGCGACACGGCCUCGGGCCAUGCCCUUUGGCCGACUGUUUUAGGCUGCGUGAAACGGGCCAUCACUCACCUUGACACUACCACCUAUGCAUUUGACGAGUCCAAGGGUGAGGGGUGGAAGUUUCUUGAUUGGCAGCCUGGGUUGGAACACAGCGCUGGUGAACAUGGUGUUCUCUUGUACUCACUCAAAGCAGCAAACGCUCUCGCUGAGGUCCUUGGCGAAGAAGCCCCCUUUUUGGAUCUCGUAGCUCGAAUGACUGAAGCAGCGAAGAUUUUCAUCUCGUCGGAAAACGUGUUCAUUUCUGGCCCCAAGGCCCAAGUGAGCUACGCCUCAGCAUCGUGGCUUGUUCUGGCUGAAGCCUUCCCGAAGGAACUGGCGAGGACAGCAUUGCUUAACACGCUAGCCCACCCCGAUGCUCUCAAACCUCUUACCCCUUAUCUUUGGCAUCACGUAUGCGAUGCCCUUGCAACACUAGGCUGUUACGAAAAGUGUAUUGAGAUUAUGACGGACUACUGGGGAGGCAUGGUUCGGGCCGGCGCAGACACCUUUUGGGAGUGCUACAACCCGGAAGACCCUAGAGCCAGUCCUUAUGGCGACGUACGAAACAACAGUUUCUGCCACGCAUGGAGCUGUACCCCUACCUAUUUAUUGAGGUGUAAGCUGAAGGACUUUGUUGGAAUACAAGGUGUCAAGACAGUGACGAUGGGUGCAUUAGAUGAAGAUUGGAUCAAAUCUCAGGUCAGCGUUCAGACAUCGUCAUCAUAA